UUGCUGUGCACAAUGUCGGAGCACAUGCAGCUCUCCCUUGCCUUGUGCAGGAUUGGGCUUUACACGUGUUUCAGGGCAUUGUGCUGUAAAGGACCCCCUCCACCAAGACCAGAGUAUGAUGUGGUGUGCAUUGGCCUGACAGGCGCUGGAAAGACCAGCCUGCUCUCACGCCUCUGUAGUGAGGGCAGCGACGGCAUCAUACCUACAACAGGUUUCAGCAUCAAAGCAGUGCCAUUUCCAAAUGCCAUCUUGAAUGUAAAAGAACUUGGAGGAGCCGACAACAUCAAGAAAUAUUGGAGUCGUUACUACCAAGGGUCACAGGGUGUAGUCUUCGUAUUGGACAGUGCCUCAUCAGAUGAGGACCUUGAGGCAGCACGUAAUGAGCUCCACUCGGCCCUGCAGCACCCGCAGCUCUGCACACUGCCUUUCCUUAUCCUUGCCAACCACCAGGACAAGCCUGCUGCAAGGACGCCAAAUCAGAUCAAGAAGUACUUUGAGCUGGAGCCGCUGGCCAGGGGGAAGCGCUGGAUCCUGGAGGGCAGCAGCACCGACAACAUGGAGGCAGUGAAGGAGAUCUUUGGUCAGUUCAUUAGCCUGUUGGAAGACAAAGACACAGAGCCUGCAAGGAUAUGAUGCUAAUGCUGCUAAUGCUAAGAGACAUUAGCGGCGAACGACAAAGAAAAUACCACAUCCUGCUGGUCCCCAUGUACACACACACACACGCAUCCACAGACACAAACAUGUACGCACAGGAAAACACAGCAGAUGUUGGCUUCUCUCUUCGAGAAGUGAUAUUGUAUGUUACCCUCCCUUCACUGCGCUCUCAUUUUUUCCAAUGUGAGUGUGCACAAGCAACAGCCUGACAGAGGAGAGCUGCCAUGAGACCCACCAAGAAAACUCAUUGAACUUUGCCCGAAAUGGAAAUCUUGUUUACUACUGUCUGUGCCAUUGUGAUUAAACCAGUGGCAUGUGGGACAUAUGGUAUUUCUUCAGUCAUCAUUGGGCACUAAAUCACACAUUCUCACUCUUACACGGACACACACACACACACACACACACACACACACACAAAGUGGAGCCCAGGUUGUCUGUAGAUAUGUUUAAAAUCUCCAGUAAUUACUUUACAGGAUGUUUGGGUGGGCACUGUUGAUGUUCGUUCCACUAAGAAGUACUGUAUGGCUGUCAAGUGUGCUUCUACUUUUGACUCGGUAACAACGAUUGUCGUUGUGUGAUUAGAGUGUAUUGUCGAAAGCGUUGUUUUAUGUACGGUAGUUACAUAUCGGUCUGUCACGCCAUGUCUAAAUAUCUAAUCUGAAUAGCGUAGUCUGAGUAUCUCAUGGAGUAUUAUGUACAUGCAAACAAACAUAUUGCUGUGUACCCUCCUGUGCAGCCAUACACAAGUACUACUAAUCAUAUGACGAAGUGCUACAUGACUUUAUGGAGACGUGAGUCCAUUUGGAGAAAGUGGGAACAAGUCUGAAUGCUUUUAUAAAUGUGCAACUUUGGAUAUAUUUUAUAGCUCUGUAUGUUAACCUUGUAGAGCUAAGUUCUGAUUUUUUAUAUAUCAUACCACACUUAUGAAUUCUCUCAAAUCAAAGACCAAAAAAGGAAAAAAAAACAACUACAAUGAUUGACCAGGCUGGAUGUAGCUGCGAGGUAGAGAAAUGUGGUGGAUUUAGUUUAAUUUCAGUGUUAAGCAAAUGUCAUGUUUGUUUUUGUUUUUCUACAUUUUUACUGUAUUUUUUUUCCUUUGGAAAUUGACAUAAUCCCUCUCAACUCUGGCUUUUGACUCCAGUCUCCCAUCAGGGUGGAAUACAAACUCUAUCAAUCAGCCACAGCAACAGCUGCAUCUGACAAGUCCCUGUCUGACACCCUAAUGCCUUCCAACUGUCUGUGAAGACCCCUCCCUGUCUGCUGUUUAUCGUGGACCCCCGCCCCACCUCAUCACAACCCAUCACAACCAACACUGCCCCUCCACUCCUGCUCCACAUCCUCUCCCCAUUACUGCUCAGUGGGCUUUUUUUUGUCAGAUGCCAUCUUACAGCCCGACUGCCCAGGUGUGGACUCCGCACCUCGAAAAUAGUUGUAUUGUGCCACAGGUGUGUGCUAGUCCCCAAGAUGUGCUUCAGUAAUGGCUAAUGUUCACACCACCUCCAUGUGUGCUUUGUAAUAUUUGUUGGUAUUGUUCUGUCCAGGGUUUUUCUGGUUUUUAGAGGUUAACUCGCUUUUUGUAUCUGACGUAAUAUAGUUUUUUAAAAUCUGGAUGAAUCAGUGCAUUCAGUCGCUUGAAUGCCAAAUAAAUCUUUGGAACAGGGAUUUUACCAAUGUUGGACUUUGCGUAUCAUCUGCCCACACAUUUUAAAACAUUCACAGCAGCCUGUUUUGUUUUUUGUUUUUUCAAUCAUGCGAUAUGUCUUAAACGGCAAUUAAAGUUUUAAAAAUGUGAA